UGGCGGACUACGCAGGUGCAGCUCGAGAGCGAGUUGUAGUUAGAAUCGUGUCGUCGUCAGUUCAUAACCCAGCUUCUAUCUCUCAUUUCUCAAUCUAUUUUGUAAUGCAUGUGUAUAAAUAUUAGUGUAAAGCGGAAAUACAAUAAACCAAACUGUCUCUGUUGGUCAAUCUUCAGUCACUUGCUACUCGCACACUUUACAUCUCGAAGCCUUGAAAGAUCCCAAAAAAGGUUGCUGGGAAUCACACAUAAAAUCAAAUCAGUGACUGGAUAUUAGAGGACAAAUCGGUCAUUCCGAGGCUGGGAUUUACCGUUCCUGCGCUUGUCGUAAAGCAGCGUUCGCUUGGCUUUUACGGCAGUCGUAAGUUGUGGCUGCUGGUGGUUGGGGCAGAUGGCGGCGCGUGGGGGCGGUUCGGCUGGGCUCGAGCUACUACGGCGGCUACCGCGAGUGUCACUCGCCAACCUGAGACCGAACUCCGGGGCCAAGAAAAAGGAAAAAAGACGUGGCAGGGGAAUCCAUGGAGGGAAAAAAAGUGGCCGAGGUCAUAAAGGCCAGACGCAGCGUGGAAACCGGCCACGAUUAGGAUUUGAAGGUGGACAAACUCCAUUUUAUAUUGUUAUUCCAAAAUAUGGAUACAAUGAGGGGCACAGCUCUAGGCGGCAAUACCAACCACUAAGUCUGAAUCGACUUCAGUAUUUGAUAGAUCUGGGCAGAGUGGAUCCCAGUCAACCUAUUGAUCUGACCCAAUUAGUGAAUGCAAGAGGAGUUACAGUCCAGCCUCUCAAACGAGACUAUGGAAUCCAGCUAGUAGAAGAGGGUGUUGACAGCUUUGCAGCAAAAGUAAACAUUGAAGUCCAGUGGGCAUCCGAGCUCACUAUUGCUGCGAUUGAAAGGAAUGGCGGAAUUAUAACUACUGGAUUCUAUGAUCCACGAAGUUUGGAUAUUUUAUGUAAGCCGGUGCCCUUUUUUCUAAGAGGGCAACCAAUUCCAAAACGUAUGCUUCCACCUGAGGAACUGGUUCCUUACUAUACAGAUGCUCAAAAUCGUGGCUAUUUAGCAGACCCAGCAAAAAUUCAAGAAGCACGGAUGGGACUUGCUAAGAAAUAUGGCUACAUUCUACCGGACAUUACCAAAGAUGAGGCGUAUAGCAUGUUAGCAAUGCGUAAGGAUCCUCGACAAAUUUUCUUCGGUCUUACUCCUGGUUGGUUGGUGAACCUGUCUGAAAAGAAAAUCUUAAAACCAACUGAGGAAGAGCUAUGUAGUUACUAUAGCUCUUGAAACUGAUGAUAAUGAUUUAGAUGUAACUAGACGAUGAUAUCAAUGUUGAUUACUUGCCUGUGUAAAUUGAAUUAUGUAUUAAAAGACUAUUUGUUUUCCA